AUGGACGCCACCCAACAACAAAUCAAACGAGCGUAUCAUCUCGCACUACUCCGCUACCAUCCAGACAAGAAUAUACCUGCAUCAACGGAUCAAAAACUCGUCAACUCCUCGACAAGUCCUCCGUUGGAGGUCCACACAUUGCGGCAGGCCUUCGAAAUUUUAUCCAAUCCAGAUUCUCGCCAGGUUUACGAUGAGCAGUUGCGAUAUUCGACCUUGUCUUCCAAUACAGGUUCUAAAGAGGGGCCACGUCCUGCUCAUAUUGUCUCCUUAGAUGAUUUUGAACAACGAGACGGCCCAGAAGGAUCUAGUGAACCCACUCAGUGGGCUUAUCCUUGUCGAUGUGGAGGCAGUUUCAUCAUCACCGAGAAUCUCUUAGAGAGUGAUGUUCACCUCAUCAGCUGUGAUGCGUGUUCAGAGGCACUCUGGGUGGGCUAUGAAGUCCAAGACGAACCUUGA